CUUUAUUUAUAUGAAGUUUUGUGAGAUAAUAAACUUAUAAUCUAGUAUUUGUUGGUAAAUCUACUUUAAGUUUUAAAAGAAUAGAUUUUCAGAACUUGUAACAAGCAAAUGUCAAGAUGACUGAAGUUGAAGCUUUGAAAACAAAUGAAUUUCUGCGGCGACGAAAGCUGAGAAUUCAGCAGGUUAGGGAACAAUCAAAAGACAUUGCAAAGAAAAUACGACAACGAGCUGAACUUGAAAAGGCCAGGCACCUUACGGAGCACGACGCAAAAAAAGGAAAAGUAUAUCAGAAACAGCAGGAUAGAUUGGUGCAACGAUUAGAGAAGUUUUGUGCUAGAAGUUUGCAAAAUGUAGGUUCAAGUCACAAGAAUGCGGAGAAACUAAAUGUUGAAGGAGUUCCAACAAAAUCCGAUCUUUCAAGACAACGAGGUAAAGAAGCAACAGUAGAGUUGAAGCGGAAAAAACAAGAACACCUAGACAAACAGAAGAAAUUACUCGAUAGACGACUUCAGGCUCGAGAAGCAGCAAAUGAAAUUAGUAGAGAAAAGUCCUCAUCUGUUGCAAGCAAGAUAUUAGCGAAGUCGUCCACAAAGGAAAUUGCUGUAGAAGCUGAGGCCGUGCUGAAUACUGACAAACCAGAAACCAAAGAAGGGGAUGACAAACGGGAACCUGUGAUUUUAACAAAUGAAAUGGCCACUCAAUGGAAUUUUGACUCUGUGCCCCAUGAGUGGGAGCCUCACAUUCCUUUGCUAUCACUUCAUAAAGAGAGUAGUGAUAGCACUAAAGACACCCCUGGUCAAAAUGUUGAGGAGACUAAGAGGAGGCCCAACUUGUUUGCUGUCAGUGAAGAAAUGCCAUCAAGUCUUUGUGGUGGCCUCGCCUAUCAAGAUACCACUUCCUCCUAUAAGCCAUGUUUAAAUCUCGUUUCGGAAUAUUUACAGAAUAGGGAACUUCGCCUGCGUGAACAUGAUGCUGUAACUGUAAACAAAAAACCUGAUGAUUUACAAAGUAUAAAACAGACUUUACAGAAGACUCGCACUGCAUCAGUUGAAGGUAGUUUUUGUCAUGUAGCUGAUGUACAACUGGUACCAGUGCCUUCAUGGCAGCCUGAGAAAUGUGGAUUUUGUACUCAUAAUGUCUUAUGUCACAAACAAUCAUCCAAGUGCAGCAACCAUUCCAAGACUCCUCAAGCCAGUGCGUUCAAAGAGCGUGUGAUGAAGCAAAUCUUUAGUUCUAGACAUAUUCAGCCUGAUUUGAAUCCUAGUCCAGUUCUAAGGGGUUCCAGCCCUUUUCGGAGAUGUAAAGUUGGUCAAAAACAUUUUUCAGUUAAGCCUACUUUAGAAAGGCAUUCUGACAUGCCUAUGAAAUUAGGCCAAUCUAUGAAUUUUGUGAAUAAGAAAAAUUCUGUGACUAUGUAUAACCAUGCCACUAGAGACACAAGGGAUGUUUGUUAUGGUGAUAAGAGAAUUGUAUUUCGAGAUACACUAGCUGAUGAAGAUGCUUACUCUCAAGCUAUGAAGGAAUCUUCAUUGGAUUCAAGGAGAGUUUUAUCCUGCACAAAUGAUAACCAUCGAAAGAUGCAAGAUUCUCGGAGCAAAAUUGCACUGACAAAACAAAAUGUAGAAAAAGAGUUUAAAGAUACUAUGGCAUUUUUGAAUACCCUUUCUAAAGAUAAAACAAAACCUAUUAAAACUGCUUACAAAGACGAAUCACGACAGGAAUUGCAAAAAGGAGGCUGGCAGAAAACACUACAGCAAGAGUAUAAGAAAAUUGAAAAAGAAUGCAAAAGACACCCUUUUGUGAAUAUGAGUAAAACUAUUUCUUCAAGUAAAGAUAAACCAAUGUCACCACCAUUGUCAGACUUAGCAGACAAUUUUGAUGCCAAAGAUUUUCAGUACUCUUGGAUGCCUGUGCCAGAAAGUGACGGAAAUUUUGCGAUUCAUACAAUUCCCACAACACUAAAAGAGAACAAAUCUGGUAACACAGUGAAAUUCAGUCAGGUCGACAGCUAUCACGAAUAUCGGUCUCGGCAUAAGCAUACUCCACCUACUAAAGACACUGCUAGCGACAAACCAAAGCGAGUAGUAGAAGCAGUGGUUGUUGAACAAACUGAACAAGAGCAACACCUCAGUUCGUCAUCUGAUAGCUCUUUAGAAGAAACAUCAAAUGAUGAUGUAUAUUUAGAUAAAACCAAGCCUAAAACGAAUAAAAACAGAAAUGACAGACUGUCAGAUGCAGAAAGAAUAAUAAUCUACAAGAUUUUAGACUCCAAAGCAGACAAAAAGAGCAAAAUUAAUAAAACAGCAAAUAAAAAGAGAGCAGGCAUUUUGAACAGUAAAGAUGCUACAGAAGCUAUUGUGGAAAAGACAAAUACUAGCAAGUCAACUAAAAAGCUUAAAAAUAAUUCUUUUCAACAACUCGAUGAAGGUAUUUACAAAACAAUUAAUGAAAAACGGAUGAAAUACAACAUAAUGAGUUGUUACUCCACUAAUGUAGAACUAUGGCAAUCUGCGACCAACCGCAAGCCUUGGUGGGACAACAUUGCCUCAAUGUAUUUUCCGGACGACGUAUUGAGUGGCGCCAAAAUUGCCACGGAUGACACAAUUGUUGAAGAUUGUGGCCAGUCAACAUGUUAUUUGAAAAGAAUUAAAAAUACUAUACAAAUGGACACUGGGCUUGGUGUAAGUAAAGAAUGCGCUAAUGAACGCCCUGGCACCAGGGACGUCGCAGAACAAAAAUGUGACUGCGCUACCAAAUUAAAAGAUGACAAAUGUUUGGAAACAAACCCAUCUACAUGUACGUCAACUUCAUCAUUUAAAACGGCUACAAAUGAUAAAGCAAGUGGAUUUACAAACAAUGGGUUUCUUAAAUUAUUAGACAAAGAUGGACAAGAUGCGGGUAAAUUUUAUAUUGGCGCUACGGGCUUUCUGAAACAUGACGACUUUGAGGUAAUUAUCCAACUUCGAAAAAAAGAUGCCACUAAACAAGAUGAAAAUAUGACAACCUCUUGUGCCACUGACGAAAGGCCUGAUCGAACAGAAACAACAGAACACGGAAUACAGCGAGUCAGUGAUCCACUAGUCCCACUACUGAAGAGUACAUGUGAAGGAGAACAAUCUUCAGAGAAAAUAGUGAAAACUGUUUCUGCUCCUCAUAAUUCACAUUCUGACGGCAUAGGCCCAUCGUCGCAAAGAACGUGUAUGGACGUGAUCGAUCAAACAGGUAUCUGCAAUGCAGAGCCAGCUGCAAUUAAAGUACUUCCAGAACAAGUUAAAUCAAGUAAAUUUGUUGAAAUUGGUACAUAUACAACCUUUGAAGAUUGUUCUUUAGUUUUAAACAAACCUGAAACAAUUGCAAAACCUGCUAUGUCAACUUGCACACAAACGUCUUUCGACUCUCCACCUCCUCAAAGGCCUAUGUUUAUACACAUGAGUUCAACUACAUCAACGGCAUAUAUGAGCCCACCAGAAUUGAUUUUACCUGCAUUUUUGAAGCCAGAUCAUACAUUAAAUACUAAUAAUUUUACCUGUCGAGGUUCACUGUACGGAGAUGAUAGAGUUAGGAUCAUAGAUGAAGUUGAAGCACAUUCUUGUACAUGUGAAAGGUACCGUAUUAAAAAAAAAAAUGUUACGAAAAUUAAUCCUUCUAUAAAUAAAAUACCUGCAUCUCCUCAAACAGCAAACUCGACAAGCGACAAUGGUGGCGAAAUGUUCGGUAUUUGUCGUAAAAAAGCUGGAAGUGCUCAAUGCAGGAAAAUUAAAAAUUCUGCUAGAUUUGAAAAUAAGCGAUCUCCAAGUAUGAUUUCUGAAGUGCAUACAUGUAGAACACAAUAUACAAGUAGAGGAUAUCGAAAUGAUGAAAGCAAAGCAACAAAGGUUAAAUCGAAAAUGUCAUCGGUGUUUAGUAAUGACAGAAAAAAAAGUAGUAAACAUGAUUUGAAUCCCCUUGUUAAGUGGUAUGUAAAUAAGUUACUCAGUAUAAACAAAGAUGGAUUAAGAGCUGUUGAUAUAGCAAAUCAAGAAUGUAGUGCUGUAACAACCCCUGGAAGCUCGAUCAUUGAUGUUCCAUGUAACAUUGACCACAAUGGUUCUACAGUAAAUAACCACAUAUCGCUAGAACAACUUAAACAAGCUGUAACACAACAAGUUUUAGAAAAAUAUAAACGGUCACAAAACGAUAUUACCGAACGGAAAGACUGUAAUAACAAUAAAAAAAAUCGAUAUCGAUUAACAAAGAAAAAAACCGCUCAUAAGGUAAAAUCGCUUAAUAUUUCAAAGCACUUAAUUAAGACGAAAUCAUGCAAUAAAUCUAAUUUGAACGUUAUUAUGGUGAAACCUGAUUCUUCAAAGGCGCCAAUAAUAGAGUCUUUAGAUAGAAAAUCUAGUAUACGGUUGCGAAGUAAAAGCUCGCCAUCACCAAGAACUCUAGAUGACACCACACUAAAACGCAAAAACAAAUCCUCUGAGUACAUAAACACGCUAGAUAGUAUUAAAUUUAUAGAGGAGCGUAAUAAAAUUACGAACUUUCGAAGUGGUGACGUGGAUUUUUUGCUAAAAAAGUAUCGAAAUGAAAUGAAUAAGAAAUCUGAGAAGACUUCUCACGUUCCUCGUAGUACCAGUAAAUUGACUAACAAGACUUGUGACGUUUCUCAAACUACCACUAAAUCCGGAGUUAUUUCAUCAAAUUCUACCCAGGAAGCUACCCAGCCACAGCAAGUACCUGUAUUACCUUUAAAUAUAUCAACACAGACUCUUGAAACUCUUGAUGAAGAAAUACACUUUAUAAAGAUGGCAGAAGAUAAACUUCAAAAUAUGGAAAAAAUUGCAGAUUUAACUGAAAUAUGCACAAAACGGCUAUCAAAUCUUGCCAAAGUACUAGAAGAGGUCAGGAGAAAUAAAUCUUUGGCAUACAAUCAAGUUUCUGGUUCUGAAUCUGAAACCGAUCAACGUUCUGAGUUAUCGCCAGAUGGUCAGCCUGUGACAUACGAGCCAUUCGUGGAAGUAAAGGUAGGGAGAAAAACUGCAUCUCCUCCACUAGAACAACAGUCUGAUGAAACAAAUAAAAAAAAUUCACCAGGUUCUUUGCAUUUUAUACCUUUUUUAAAGGAUAUACCCAGACCUGAUGCUUCAAAGAUUUCUCAACUGUCCUGUGACUCCCAAAAGAUCAACGAACCUGAAACAAGUUCUCAAAUCACUUCUACAGUAGAGGUACAAAAUAAUAAAAGUAGAGGAAGACCACCUCCUGCUUUAUCUAGGAAAAAUUUAAAACAUGGUCAUGAUGUUGUACCACAUGAGCUCUCUACGGUAAUGGAGAUCGACUCACCUCUAAGUGCUAAAGUUAAAAAUCAAUCCUUACACAACGAUAAAGCUACUGACUUUGUGUCCUCAAUGAAAACUCAAUCAAUUUUGGGUGGAAAGAAAGAUAAUCUAAGCGUCAUAACGGAGUUAGUUGCAUCUAACAAGCGCGAACAACAAGUUGUUGCUUUAGAUACAGAACAAAAUGCAAAUCCUGACUUAUUGCAAAGUAACAUCAAUACGUCUGACCGAAUGCCGAAACCAACUUCAACAGAAUCCUACGACGAUUCCAACAUGCCAAUGAUGGACAUGAAAAAAUUUAAUGAAAUAAUGUUAAAACCGUUCAUUAGUAUUCAUGAGUACGCAAAGCAGUGCAAUGCGGGAAACGCAGUGCUCGAGGAAGGCUCCAACUUAGAUGUUCCUAAGGAUGAUGCUAUAAAUGACGACCUUAGCUCUCUGCAUUCCGAUGGUAGUUUGCCGGAUGUCAUAGCAGAGUUAUUGAAAAGGAAUAUCAUUAGUGAACCUUUUAAGUUUGACACAGUUUCGAACACCAAUUCAACUACGGUUUCUUCAGAGUCUACAUUACCCAUGCUAGCUUUAUCAAAAGUUUGUAAAGAAAGUAAAAAGAAAUCUAGUGCAGUAUUUCAAAAUAAAGAAAAUGUUGCAGAGACAUCAGAUACUCUGAGUAUUUCUUCUAAUCCAGAUUUGGAAAAUGCAUUUAAAAAGCUCGGUAUUGGAUGGGCUUCAUCUACUCUUAGAAAAACCAAAGAGAGGCUGGCUCUUUCAUCAUCUUCGAAUACUUCAAGUUCCAGUUUGUCUCAAUUCAAAUUAAAAGGUAGCAGUAAUCACGAUGUACCAGUUGUUGUGAAAGUGACCGAUUCUGUUGCUUUGGUUCAUAGUAUACAAAGGAAACCAUUGCAAGGAAAAAUAGUUGCCGACAGUGGUAAAAAUGCGGAGCAACAAACUUCCUUAACAAGUUCAAUGACAGUAAAGCAAUUUUUGACUAAUGAAUUGGCUAACAAAAUAACGUUCACAAACAAAACAGAUGAUACAGAGGACUAUGUGUCUCUUUAUGAAACAAAGUUGCCGGAAGAAAUGAAACAUUUGUCGAAAUUGGUACGGGCAACAGCUGAACAAUCUAUGGACAGCGUCCCGAGCGGUAGCAACAACCGCGCGCGGACUUCUACCCCUGUCCAAAUUUUCAAGUCUAUGACUUAUCACUCUAGUUCUAGUUCAAAUAUAUCUAACGGGCUAUUUAGCAAUGCUGACUUGUCCUCAGUUAAAGGUACUUCCAACUCUCAGAAGAACCAUUCCACUACCGAUAAAGAUGAUCUUACCGUUCCGAAUUAUAGUUUGAGGACUAAAAAAGGUCUCUCAGAUUAUAGCGAGUGAUUAGUUGUUAUCAUUCC